AUGAGCACACGCACUAGCAAGCCGACGCGGUUCCUCACGCAGCCAUCGAAGCGUUUGUACGACGAGCUACACCGUGGCACAGACGUGUGGACAUUUUUCAAUCCGAGUGUGUUUCCCGAGGCGGUGAAUCUAGGCCAGGGAUUCAUGAACUGGCGGCCACCGACGUUUGUGCUAGAGCAGCUGCAGAAAGAGAUGGUGGAGCGGACGGAUGUUCAUCAUUACUCUCCGGCGCGAGGACGACCGCGCUUGCUGAAGGCGAUCAGCGAUACAUUCUCACAGAGCUUUCACAAGCCUGAUGCAGUUGGUGAGGCGAAGAUGAAAGAGGGCAUUGUCGACUUGGAUGCACAAGGACUUCCAAAGCAGAGACCAGCCUCGGAUGCGCGACUUGAUCCCACGAGCGAAAUUGUCGUGACGGCCGGCGCCAACGAGGCUAUGUACUGUGCGACGACGGCUUUUCUGGAGGAGGGCGACGAGGUCGUGAUUAUGGAGCCGGUCUUUGAUCAAUACGUGUGCGAGACCACAUUCAAUGGUGGAACGCCAAUAUAUGUCCCUAUAUUGCCGCCUCAGUCUGGGCGACAUGCGCAUGAUACGCAGGAAAAACCGCUCGCCGUGUCGGCGAAUGAGUGGACAUUCGACUGGGUGGCGCUAGAAGAAAAACUUGCUAGUCCCAAAGCCAAGAUGCUGUUCCUCAAUACACCACACAACCCAAUCGGAAAAGUGUGCACGCUGGAGGAACUGCAGCGUCUCGCGCAGCUGUGCAUAAAGCACGAUAUCCUCGUGAUUGCCGACGAGGUGUACGACUGUCUCACGUAUGAGGGACACAAGCACAUCCGCAUAGCCUCGAUCUCGGGCAUGUGGGAGCGAACGAUCACGGUAGGAAGCGCUGGUAAGUCAUUCGCAUGCACGGGGUGGCGUGUGGGGUGGGCUGUGGGACCGGCCCACCUCAUGACCCCGCUACUGGCCGCCCACGUUCGCCUGACGUUUUGCGUCAAUUCACUCGCAUCCGAAGGAACGGCGAUUGCUUUGGAAGGUGCGCGCACGAACGGGUUUUUUGAGCGCCAACGCCAGGAGUACGAGGCUCGGAGACAAGAGCUGAUCAAUAUGCUAGAAGACGUGGGGCUGCCAUAUACGAUUCCUUAUGGAAGCUACUUUGUAUUAGUUGACGCGACCAACAUCCAAAUCCCAGACGACUUUGCCAUGCCAGAGCAAGUGCGUGCAAAGCCGCGCGACUACCAAGUGUGCUGGUUCAUUGGGAAAGUAUGUGAUGUCGUCGCAAUCCCUGCAACAGCAUUCUACUCGUCAGAUGGCUCGGCCCUGGGCGAGCGAUUUAUUCGGUUUGCCUUUUGUAAAGACGGCCAAAUUAGGGAAGCGGCGCAGCCUCUCCAACGAUUGCGGUCGUAUAUGUAA